AUGACUGGGAUUCCUUAUGGAGGAAAGGGGAGUGGAACUGCUGGUCCAGGAGCCACACAGACCGAAUUUAGCAGCGGGCACCAGCUGUGGUGGGUGCCCUGGAGGAACAAGGCUGUGUCAUCUAACCCGACUGCCCCUCAGAACGUCUCCUCCACCUACAGUGGGAUAACCAGUGAAAAAGAAGUCAUGGCUGACAAGUUCAAGGAUGCAAGUAACUUCGGCUUCCUGGAAGCAGCAGUUAAAAUCAGCCACACCUCCCCAGAUAUACCAGCAGAGGUCCAGAUGUCAAUGAAAGAGCACCUCAUGCGUCGCACGAGGAUUCAACGACAGGCCACAGAGCCAGCUUCUUCUACUAGGCAUAUUUCUUUCAAAAGGCAUUUGCCUCGUCAGAUGCAUGUGUCUAGUGUGGACUUUGGAACCGAUACUUUGCAAGUGACUGAGCAACCAACUAGCAUUGGAAGGAUAAAGCCCGAGCUGUACAAACAGAAAUCAGUGGAUUCUGAAGAUACCAAGAAGGAUGAUGCUAAGACAUGUGGAAAGAUCAACUUUACCCUAAAGUAUGACUAUGAAAUUGAAACCCUUAUAGUCAAAAUUCUUAAGGCAUUUGAUCUUCCUGCCAAGGAUUUUUGUGGAAGUUCUGAUCCUUAUGUGAAGAUAUACCUUCUACCUGACCGGAAGAGGAAAUUUCAAACUCGGGUACACAGAAAGACUCUAAACCCAACAUUUGAUGAAUCUUUUCAUUUCCCGGUCCCAUAUGACGAGUUACCAAGUCGAAAACUUCACCUCAGUGUGUUUGACUUUGAUAGAUUUUCAAGGCAUGACAUGAUAGGAGAGGUAAUUUUGGAAAACUUGUUUGAUGCCUCAGAUUUGUCAAGAGAGUCUUCUAUCUGGAAGGAUAUUCAGUACGCCACCACGGAAAGUGUGGACCUUGGAGAAAUCAUGUUCUCCCUAUGUUAUCUACCUACAGCAGGACGCCUGACCUUAACAGUGAUAAAGUGUAGAAAUUUAAAAGCAAUGGACAUCACUGGUUAUUCAGAUCCAUAUGUGAAAGUGUCCCUGCUUUGUGAUGGUCGUAGACUAAAAAAGAAGAAAACAACUAUUAAAAAGAAUACCUUAAACCCAACAUAUAAUGAGGCCAUUAUCUUUGAUAUUCCACCAGAGAGUAUGGACCAAGUCAGCCUUCUUAUCUCAGUGAUGGAUUAUGACAGGGUUGGACAUAAUGAAAUUAUUGGAGUGUGUAGAGUUGGUAAUAGCACAGAAGGUCUUGGAAGAGAUCACUGGAAUGAAAUGUUGGCAUAUCCACGAAAGCCUAUAACACACUGGCAUCCACUGGUAGAAAUGAAAAAGUCAUUUAAAGAGUGGCAAGGCCGGGCAGCUAGUUUUGACAGUCAAGGUUCAUGCCCUUCUCCAAAACCUCCACCUACUCCUUGAAACAAAAUGAAACCACUCUCAAGCCUAAUUUUUGC